AUGGCUUUGCCAGAGUAUGAGGACUUCUUUACAAGGCUGGAAUUCGAUGCACAUAAUGCCAUUCCAACUUUUAUCAGAGGGGAUUUCUAUGAUAUCACUGCUCCAAAUGAUCCUGUUUUCUACCUGCAUCAUACCCAACUUGGUAGGUUAUGGUGGAAGUGGCAACAGCGGGACUUGGGAAAUCGUGUACGCAAGUUGUCUAAGCAUGGCCAUGUCGAAAAUGUUCAUAAUGUCAUUGAUAUGGGCGAGUUAGCUCCUAAAAUAGUUGUCAGAGAUACUCUUGAUACCUUGGUGGACCCACUAUGCUACCAGUAUUAA